AUCAACAGAAGGCCCAGGCUCGCUGGGGCCCUCGAGAGAGGCGUCGAUUACAGGCCUCCGGCCCGGGCUAGCAAGUCGUGAGCAGAGCUACACGGGUAAAGCUGCACAGCUGUCACUGGCGCUGGGCUCUAGUGGCGGAAACGUCGUCAGCAGCAACCAUGCCACCGGCAUGAGCUUCACUGCGCGCGUCGGCUCUGCGCUGGGACUUGGUUCAUUCCGUAAGAACAAGCGGGAGCGAGAAGCUCGCGAAGCUGCGGAGUUGCAGAGCGGUGUCCAGCGAGCGGGGAGCAAGUCGCAGCUGGAAAUCGACAAGUCCAUCUGGGACAUCACAAACGGCGUACAUGUAGAGGAGAUUAAGGUUGGGCGUCUGCGGCACACCUGGGAGGCAGUCUGCCAGGACGCCAAGACGGUCGGCGAGACGGUGCGGCGGGACCCCAAGGUCGCCAUCAUCCCCUUCGUGCUCUUGCUCCUAAUCAUGGGUGGCGGCCUGUGGGCUCUCUUUGCAAGCGCGAAUCAGGAGUACAAACACCGCAGGGAGGUGGCGUCACAGAUCGCCAACGACAAGGCUCUGUACCUGCAGACGGAGCUGGCCAAAGCCUUCCUGCCAGCCUAUGUGUGCAGCGUGUAUGUGCGGCGGGACCCCGCCUGGCCCGCGGUCAACGCCAGCUUCGGGCCCAUGGCACUGGAGAUGAUCCGCCUGUCCCACGCGGGCAGUGUGCUGACCCUGUCACUCAUCCCCUGGGGGGUGAUCCAGACCAUGGUCCCGCUCAAGGGCUCCGGCCCCCCGGACGAUCCCAACUGGCGCGCCAUUGGGAAGGACUGGCUGCAAGAUAAGUUUAACCAGGACAAGGUGCUGCAGUCCAUCAGCAGCAAGAACCUUACCAUCAUCGGCCCCUACAACCUGACGCAGGGCGGCAUCGGGCUGGUGGCCAUGCUCUCCAUCAACAUCGCCCACGCCGCACCCAGCGCCGCCUUCGACAUCCCGCCCUACGUGCACGGCUCGCUGGGCGCCUGGCAGACCCCGCCGCGCACUCAGGUCGGACCCAACCUGACCGACACGCCGUACGCUCCGUACAUGUACGACGAAGCCACGUCCAGCAAAUGGUGGGGUCUGACCACUGUGUUGAUCAGCUGGGACGUGCUGCGCGAGGACGUGACUCGGCUUGACGACCUGGAGGCUCAGGGCUACAGCUACGUACUCAGCAGGCCAGUGCUGAGGAAGGAGCUCUUGCAGGCGCGGCCGGACCUGGCCAACGGCACACACGACCUGGCAGUGGCGUGGAGCUCAAGUGUUCAAGAGGUGCCCCUGGAUGCGACCAACAACCGGGCGCCGCCGCGUGCGCCUGGCCGCGCCCGGCCACUCAUCUACUACGACCUUCAUGAGCGUCUGGACGGCCCCGUCCACGCGCGUGUCCUGGUGGAGGGCGCCCAGCUGGACUUGUACCUCAGCCUGGACGACGGCUGGACGCCCCGUUGGAAGCAGCCCAUGGUCGCCGUGACGUGCGUGCUGUCGUUCCUGUUCAGCCUCAUGCUGUUCCUGGUGCUGGUCAACAGGCGGCAGCAUAUGCGCCUGCUGCACGCCAUGAUCCCAAAGAAGGUGAUUGAGACCCUGCGACGCGGCAAGAUCUUCACUGAGAGCUUCGAGGUGGUCACUGUGCUGUUCAGCGACAUUGUGGCCUACACAACCAUGAGCGCGCACAUGGCGCCCAUUGAGGUGGUGCAGAUGCUGGACGAGCUGUAUCAGGAGUUCGACAACCUGGCGGAGAAGCACAAGCUCUACAAGCUGGACACCAUCGGAGAUGCCUUCAUGCUGGUUGGCGGCGCGCCGGACCGCGAGGGCGCGGCGGCGGCGGCGGCACGUGUUGCGCAGAUGGGUCUGGACAUGAUCCGCGUGACCAGCACCAAGAUUCUGGCGGGUGGACACGUGGUGAAGAUUCGCGUGGGCAUACACUCCGGCCCAGCAGUGGCCGCGGUGGUAGGCCGUAAGGCACCCAAGUACACCCUCUUUGGAGACACCGUGAACACUGCAAGCCGCAUGGAGUCGAACGGCAGCCCCAUGCGCAUCCACAUCAGCAUGGCCACGCACGGGCUGCUGCAGGAGGCGGGCGGGUUCAUGAUGGAGCCGCGCGGCGAGAUCCCAAUCAAGGGCAAGGGCGUCAUGUCCACCUUCUGGGUCACGGGCACGCACGUGUGGGAGCAGGGUCCGUGCCCCCGCUCCGAGGCAGUCGACAUCUCCUCACUGCCCGAGCCAAACGCCGCGGCGCUCAUGGCAGCCCGCGGCAGCAACGCGCCGCCUCCCAGCAGCCUCGUGCCGCCACCCAUAAUUGCGGAGCACGCCGACGAGGGCGAGGGUUCUGACAAGCCGGCGGACGACGCCGCCCACAGCGGCGCCUCGGUGGCCGUCAAGCUGACGCCGCCGCACAACCGGCGUGAGAUGAUGGGCGGGAACAGCCAGCGCCGUUCCAACCUCGGGCCUCAGGAGCUGCCGGCUGUGGCCGCGGGCGGGCUGCACACGCCGGCGGGCGCAGUGGCAGAGGCCACUGAAGUGGUGGCCGGGGGCGCCUUUUGUGCGACUGGUGAGGAUGUGGACUCACAACCCGGCACGCCGCGCACGACCGCGCGUCUGGCGGCCUAGCGGCCGUGAGUGGCGGGCCCGGCGCAUUCGCGGUACUUGCGUCACUGUGCUGCUCAUCCUCAAGACUUGGUUGUGUUGUGGUCGGGUCUACCUUCAGUUUGCACACGGCUCAAUUACUGUGUUGUAUGGAGAACAUACAGCACCUGUUUACGCAUGAAAACUUGCAACGAAUCGUGCUUUCUUUUGCUCUCACAAACGCUGGUGUGGGGACUUUCUUAUUGUGGCUGGGCGCACGGGCCCGGACACAGGGCUGGUCGCGACGGAGGGGUCAUUGAGUUACGAACUGGUGCAGCCGCAGCGCGUGGGGCAGCGGACAGCCAACACACCAGUGACUGGAGAAGUGCGCUGCAACGCGCCCUACACACUUUCCAUGCGUGAUGUGGACCGUGGCUUGGUCCUGAGUCCUCACAAGGCAUGCUGACGUACACUGCAUUCAUGGUGGUCGGUGGCUACCUUCCCGACACAUCCUUACUUAGCGUGCUGGCUAGUGUGCACAUGCGCGAGCGAGUGAGCGUUUGGUAGUAUGUAGCAGUGCCUGUGUGCGCGUACUUUGCUCGUGAACGAAUGGUGAUGCACGCGCGCAGCGGGAAGUGUGUUAGUAACGUCAGAUUUUAUAUCAUCCAUUCAUUUACAUCGCAUACCGUUGGAAAGCUGGCCAGCCUCACCAGCCCCGCGCGGGGUUAUGGGCACCUGAGGGAUCGAAAUGCGCCGCAAGCGCGUGUGGGGCAAUUGAGUGUGUUAUUAGAUAGCAUGAGGGAAGGUAACACGCAGGACAGUUCCCGAGGGUGUGGACGAGAGCACGCCGACCAUGCGGUGAGGCGCGCGCGCACGCUCACAGAUCUUGUGUGCAUGCGUGUACGGGAGAUGCAUGGCGGCACGAAAUUCCGCGCGGAUAUGUGUAGGCGCGCGCGCGCGCGUGUGUGUGCGUGUGUGUGUUAAACACAAAACAAACGGAACAAAGCCGCUGAACACGCGUGCGCAGUUACGGACCAAUACCGACGCCGGUUACCGAGCUCCGCGUUGGGCGAUGUUGCCCCAGUUGUCACCUUGAGUAUACUUACCCGCGUAUGUUGCCUGGAACCCCCUACCCGGGCGUUUGGCAUUCAGCCUGCGUGUGUGUGUGUGUGUGUGUAUGUGUGUAUGUGUGUGAGCGUGUGCGUUUGCGCGAGAGAAACGUUGGUUGAAAAUACUGGGGCACAGCAAUCGCAUGAAGGGGCAGGCGGCCGCGCGGUGCUUGAAGGAUGUUUUGAAAGCGCACCGGCGACUGAGGCGCGCACUUGUUGUAAGCAUUGCGCUUCCGUUGGAUUGUCCACCACUGCAUCGGCAGGAGGGAGCGCCAAUUGUGUGUGCGGAGGCGUUCACCCUGCCAAACUGUUACGGUUUCUGUGUUUCAGGGCAAGGGGCAGGAUACGGCUGGAUCUUGCCAGUAGGGCGCGUACACAUGCUUGACGUCGUUGGGAGCAGGUAGGGGCUUGUGUGGCGGUUGGACGGGUGGGAGUGCGGGGUGGAGGUAAUACAGUAUGCGCCCCCCCCCUCUGGUGCGCUGGUGCCUCUGGGCUUCCAUAAGCUCGGCCUGAUGCAGCCAAUGGCAUCUCCUGUACCGUUACAUUGCUGUCUUUGUCCAUUUUGGACUUUGAAGCCCCCUGGAGUUCGGCAG